UCUCCGUGUUUAUGUUUCGCCCUGUUUUGGAAAACACCCACCCCAAAGGGAGAUCCAUGCGCCGUUUCUUUGUGUCACUCUCAUCAUGUCCCCAGCAUCAUCGGCUGCAACGGCCAGCGAGAGCAGCGCCGUCACCUCAGCCCCCGAAGAGGAGGCGGACAGUCCCAGGGAGGAGCAGCAUCCUCAGAAACAGUCUCUUGCUAAAUCCUUGUGUCAGGAAACCCACUGGAAAUGUCUGCUGCUGUCCAUGUUGAUGUACAGCUGCGUCGGGGUGAUGACCUGGUGCCAGGUGACCAAGGUCACACGGCUCUCCUUCGACAGUGCUUACAAGGGAAAGUCUAUGAUGUACCAUGACAGUCCCUGCUCCAAUGGAUACAUCUACAUCCCUCUGGCCUUCCUGGUCAUGCUCUACGUGGUCUACCUGGUGGAGUGCUGGCACUGCUACGCCAGGAAUGAGCUGCAGUACAAGGUAGAUACGAACAGUGUAAGUGAGCGCAUACAGCGAAUGCAACAGGCUACGCCCUGCAUCUGGUGGAAGGCCAUCAGCUAUCAUUACGUCAGGAGGACGCGGCAGGUGACACGUUACCGUAACGGAGAUGCCUACACUACUACGCAGGUCUACCACGAGAGGGUGAACACGCAUGUGGCUGAGGCGGAGUUUGACUAUGGGAACUGUGGUGUUAAGGACAUCUCUAAGCAACUGCAAGGCUUGGAGGGAUUUACUAUUACUAGACUGAGGUUCACCAAGUGCUUUAGCUUUGCCAACGUGGAGUCAGAAAACUCCUACCUGACCCAGCGAGCCAGGUUCUUUACAGAAAAUGAGGGCCUGGACGACUACAUGGAGGCUCGUGAGGGGAUGCAUCUGAAAAAUGUUGACUUUAAGGAGUACAUGAUUGCCUUUUCUGACCCCAACCGUGCUCCCUGGUAUGCUUCCAACUCCAUUUUCUGGGUGGCAGCUGCUUUCACCCUUUCCUGGCCUUUGCGAGUGCUGACAGAGUGCCGCACCGCCUGUGUGCAUUACCACGUAGAGAAGCUGUUUGGCUUUGACUUUGUGCCAGUAACACCAUCUGAGGAACGUCCAUAUUGCAGACACAUCCCGCGAGUGAACACAAUCGACAGCACAGAGCUAGAGUGGCACAUCCGCUCCAACCAGCAGCUGGUGCCCAGCUACUCAGAGGCAGUCCUGAUGGAUCUGGCGCAGCUCUCUGGGAACGGGAACAGCUACUCCGUAUGUGGGCGGUACGGCAGCUACAGGCAAAACUGCGAACGCUGCCAUCGCACCAUAAGCAGCUCCUCCAUCUUCUCUCGCAGCGCCAUGAGCAUUUGCAACACGGCAAGUCCUCGCAUCCCCUUCAGCGCCAGCCGCUUCUCUCUGGGCCGGCUGUACGGCUCCAGGCGGAGCUGCCUGUGGAGGAGCAGCGGGAGCCUGAACGAGCGGUCCUGUCCCAAUGAGAGCACUCGUUGUCUGUCGGGCCAGCAGACCAGUGAGGAAAACCCACCAACCUAUCAGGAUGCUUUGUGCUUUCCGGUGCUCAUCGUACAUCGCAACGAAGGAUGCCUCAAUCACGACCACCGCUCACUGCACAGGAACGGCUCCUGUGUGGAAACUUCACUAUGACCCACAGCAGUCACCCUCAAAGAGACAAACUAAAGCU